AGUCUGUUGUGUGGCCGGCGCUGGUGCUGGGUCCGUGAGGCGGUGCUAAUUGAACAGGGAAAGUGGGUAAUCUACUCUUCACGUGACAGCAGCGCGCCAGCCGCGCAGCCAUGGCCUGGCGGUUCAAGCCGUCCAAGUACAAGAACGCGGCGCCGGUGGUGCCCAAGAAGGAGCUGUGGAUCCGCGAUGUGGACGCCGGCUCGCCGCCGCCCGGCGGCAUGCCCAUCGCCGCGUCGGCCGCGCUUAUGGCGUUCGUCGUCAGGAACCGCAAUGGCGGUAGCGUGGCCAUCCUGCCGGUGAAUGAGACGGGCCGGCAGGACCACGGUCCGCCGCUGCUGGCCGCGCACGCCGACUGCGUCACCGACAUGACCUUCUCGCCGUUCGAUGACGGCCUGCUGGCCACCGGCUCAGCCGACUGUACGGUGCGGGUGUGGAGCGUGCCGGAGGGCGGCCUGGAGCCGGGCCUGGAGCCGGAGCUGUCGCUGGACGCCGCCGACCGCCGCCUAGAGCGCGUGCUCUUCCACCCGACCGCCGACUGUCUGCUGUCGGCCGCCUUCGGCACCACCGUCCGCCUGUGGGACAUCCUGCACCAGAAGCAGCUGUAUUCCUGGGACGGCCACGGUGACCAGGUGCAGUCCAUGUCGUGGCGCGGCGACGGCGGCUGCCUGGCCACCACCUCCCGCGACACGCUGCUGCGCGUGCUCGACCCGCGCGCCGACAAGGUCUGCCACGAGGGCGAGGCGCACGUCGGCUCCCGCGACAGCUGGGUCACCUGGCUCGGCUGCACCGAGAAGCUGGUCACCACCGGCUUCGACCAGUACCGGCAGCGGCAGGUGACGCUGCGCGACCUGCGGAAGCCGGAGCGCCCGCUCAAGACGCUCACCUCCGACAGCUGCACCGGGAUCCUGGUGCCGCUGUACGACGCUGACACGGGCAUGCUGUUCUUGGCCGGCAAGGGCGACACCUCCAUCUCGUACAUGGAGGUCACUGACAAGGAGCCGUUCUUCGUGGAAGGGAUCAAGCACACCGGCGAGCAGACGAAGGGAGCGUGCCUGGUGCCGAAGCGCGCCCUGGACGUGAUGAACGCCGAGGUGAACCGCAUUCUGCAGCUGACCUCCCAGGCGGUGGUGCCGAUCACCUACCAGGUGCCCAGGAAGACGUACCGCGACUUCCACGGCGACCUGUACCCGGACACGCCCGGCUGCGACCCGGCCAUGUCGGCGGCCCAGUGGUGGGCUGGCGCCGACCGGCCGCCGCGGCGCGUCUCGCUCGACCCGGCCAAGGUGGUCAUCACCGACCUGCAGCGGCGGCGGGGCCGGCUGGUGGACAGACAUAACGAGCCAGAGCCAUCUGGUGAGGAGGCAGACAACAAGAGCCUCUCUGAGUCCACACCAGAGGUCAAACACGUUCCCUCAAAGCCGACGCCGCUGGCCAAGCCCACAAACCUGGGGCCCAAGCCGUACGCGCCGCCCAAGCCGGCCGCGGUGUCGGUGCGGCCCGAGGCCGGUGACGCGCCGCCGCCGCCGCCGGCCGAGCGGCAGGAGGAGGGCGCCGGCGAGCGGCGCAGCGCCUUAGAGCUGCGCAGAGCCUACGAGCAGCGUCUCAGCUCUGUCGAGGAGAAGCCCGUCUCGCCACCCAUGCCCAAGCGCACCUCGGUCAACAAGUCGUUCCGACGCGUCAGCAAGUGUCGGUUCAUGAAGGCCACGCCGGUGCACAAGUCCGAACAGUUCGAGAACAUCAAGAACCUCAACAAAUCGACCACCAACGAGUGCAACGGCAUCUACGCCAACCCGGAGUACACGGCCAUCCUGCUGGCCGGGCCGGGCGGCAAGGUGUGCGUCCUGAACAUGCAGAGGCCGGGUCGGCAGCCGGACGGCGUGGUGCCGUGUCUGCUCAACGGCGCCAAGGUCAUGGACUUCUCCUGGGACCCGUUCGACAACUCGCGCAUCGCCGUCGGCUGCGAUGACGGCUGCGUCCGCGUGUGGCGCAUCCCGGCCGGCGGUCUGACCGAGCCGACCAACGAGUGCGAGACAACGCUGGCGGUGCACCAGGAGCGGCUGCUGACGCUGCAGUAUCACCCGCUGGCCGACGGCGUGCUGGCCUCGGCCGGCCAGGACCGGCGCGUCAUCGUCUGGGACCGCGAGCGGCCGCGGCUCGAGCUCGAGACCCACCCGGACCAGAUCUUCAGCCUGGCGUGGUCGCCGUGCGGCCGGUACCUGGCCACGCUCUGCAAGGACGCUCGCCUGCGCGUGUUCGAGCCGCGCGCCGGCCCCGAGCCGCUGCGAGUCGGGGACAGCCACCGUGGGCCACGCGGUGGCCGCGUCUGCUGGGUCCUGGGCGGCCACUACCUCAUCACCACCGGCUUCGACAAGAGCUCGGAGCGCCAGAUCAGCCUGUACCGGGCGUCCGACCUCGAGCGGCCGGUGACGACGCUCUCGCUGGACGUGUCGCCGUCCAUCCUGAUGCCCCACUACGACCCGGACACCAGCACGCUCUUCCUCACCGCCAAGGGCGACACCUCGGUGCUGGGGUACGAGGUGGCCGAGGACUACCCGCACCUGUUCCCGCUGACGCCGUACAAGACGCCCAGCUGCCACCAGGGCGUGGCCUUCCUGCCCAAGUCGGUGUGCGACGUGCGCAAGGUGGAGUUCGCCCGCUGCGUGCGGCUGCUGCCGACCGCUGCCGUACCCAUCUCGUUCUCCGUGCCGCGGGUCAAGGCGGACCUGUUCCAGGACGACCUGUUCCCGCCCACCCGCGUCACCUGGGAGGCCACCAUGACGGCCGAGGAGUGGCUGGGAGGGGCGAACGUGCCGGCCCGCCUGCUGGACCUCCAGCCGGACGACAUGGUGCCCCUGAGCAAGGAGAAGGGCGGUGUGGACGCGCCGAAGAAGGCGCAGCCGGCCGGCCCCAAGGCGACCAACGGCCAGCACUCCACCCCGAUCUCGUCGUUCGCACCCAAACCGGACAAGAAGAAGGGCCAAGAGCUGGAGUCGUCGCUCAGCGACAAGCUGGCCACCAACUUCACGCUGGAGCAGGACACCAUGGAGGGCGUGGCCGAGGAGGAGUGGGACGAGUGAGCGCGCCCGAGCCGCGCAGCAGAGCCGGGGUCACGGCCGCAGCCGAACCCACGACAGGACCCGGACCCGGACCCGGACCCGGACCCGGACCCGGACCCGGACCCGGACCCGGACUUGGAUCUGGACUGGAUCUGGAUCGGAUCUGGAGCCGGACUCGGACCCGGAUCUGGACCCGGACCCGCAGCCGCAGUCGCAGCCAACUGAGUGCUCGCCAGACCCUCUGUCGCGAUGUCGCUGUCCGUCACACCGGUGACGGCAGCCGGCCCCCCGGUCCUGCGCACCGGGCGCCGACCCCCGACAGGCCGCGGCGGCGGCUGGCCGCUGCCGGCCUCUCCAGCCCACCUUCCAAGCAGAGACGCUUCCGGUCCGCCGUCUGAGCUGGUGGGAUGCUUCGCGUUAGGGAUGGAAAUUCGGGAGGGGCGAGAUUAUCUCCACGUUCGUAGUCACGCUGCUAUUUGUAUUGUCGUGGUGUGCAAAGGCGAUCGGGUUUUUGCGUGGUCGUGCGCGGCAUGGUCGUCGUCCCCGUGCUGGAACGCGGCUGACCGAGGUCAACAAUCCGCCUGGCAAAUCGUUUUGUACGCUGCGUUUCACGGGAAGUGCCAUUCUUUUGGGAUUCGUGUACGUACCGCCUGCAGUGGUGCCACCACCGAACAAAUCACCAGUGCAGGGUCCCGUGUCCCGCUAGUGAGCACCAUAUGCUCUGUGAUACUUCGCAUAUGUCUUUUCUUGUAUCUCAGAUUUAUGUUAGGCCGGGUGCUCGGCUGCCACCAAAGCAUUUCCGCUGGUCUUUGGGCAGGGGCGGGCGUCGGCCCAGCGCCGCCGAAUGGUCUGUGAACGUGUGGGACCAGCAUGCGCUGUAUCGUCGGUCAUAGCUAGCUGUAAGUGCGCCCCGUGGCGCUCGACGGCGCGCGGUGCGCCCGCCCCGAUCAGCCGUGGGGGACGCCCGGUGCCGGCCGCCGUCGCUUCACCUCGGCGCGGCGGGGUGUCGCUGCGGACUGCCCCGGGAGCACGCGCUUUCGGAAAUCAGUCUUAUUGUGCUCCAAAGGCUUCGUAUUUUGUAUUCUUGUGUUUAGUAGAUGUCGGAUGCGGUUGCAGACGGCAGCCGCCGCUGCUCGGACGUAGGGUUGUGCGCUUUGGGCGCGCGCCUCGACGGAUAUGGUCUUCGCUCAUCCCUCGUUUGGAUAGCGCGAUUCUAAGACUUCGUGAGUGUACCCGGCUGCGGAGAUCGAAAUACUUCGCCUGCGGUUACGUGUAACGUGCUCUCGCGUCAAGUCGUGAUUAUGUCUCUCAUCGUGAUUGUCAUCUCCAAAUCAUGUCUUUUCAGCGUUGUGCCGCCUGUCUUGGUUGCCUGCAGCAUCGCUGGUUAUGCUCAUUUCGAUUUAAACUUACUGCCACGACUGGGAAAGCCAGGCUACCCGGUCUUGCGGCAUGCAUGUGUACUCGCGAUCCAGAAAUUGUGCUUUUAACCGCCUUCCGCUGAAACAGGGAAGCACUGCCAAGUGUAGUUACUGCUUUCCCGUGGCUCCGUGCCGCCGGUUCGGCACCAUUUCCUUGUGUUGGUCGGUGUGUUUUGCCGGGAUCAGCAGUUCGCUUAGUUCCGCGGCCCGCCGCCGAGCAGCGCGCUAGUCGAGGCGACUAGUCGGAUGAGCUUGCCGUGAGUUGCGUUCUUUUCUACCGUGUGUCCUACUUGUCGUCGCACAACCGGAGCAGAACACAGUAGUGUGUUAACUGAACUAGUUCUGAGUGUGGAAAUAUAUCCUACAAAACGCACAUUUUUUAUGGUGAGCUAUGAUCCGAGGAAGGCGUUGCAAUGGACGCGAACGCGUCAGAAGUUAUCACUGCCGCUUAUUGCGCUGCUUGGUAAGGGUGGGUUCCUGGGCGCCUGUAUACGCUAUAGCUUGGAGUGGACGUAAUGACAGGCCUCGAUCCGAGGACCCCGAUCCAGGGACUCCAACCCGAGGGCCCCGACCUCAGGGCUCCAACCUGGGGGCCCGAUCUCAAGGGCUCCGACCUUAGGGCCCCGACAAGGGGGUCUCGAUCCAAGAACUCUGAUCUGAGGGCUCCGACCCGAGGACCCCGACCUGAAAGCUCCGACUCUAGGGCCCCGAUCCGAGUGCCCGA